AUGGCAUUCACAACAAACGCCACAAUCGCCUCCUUCAACGGCCGCAUCCUCAAGCUCACCCACCAGUCCAGCAGCACCUCGACGCCCAUGAACCUCAACCUCUUCCUGCCCAACACGGCGUCGCCGUCCAACCCGGCCCCCCUGCUCAUCUACCUCUCCGGCCUGACCUGCACGCCAGACAACGUCACCGAGAAGGGCUUCCUCCACGCCCACGCCUCGCCGCUCAACCUCGCCCUCCUCUACCCAGACACGUCCCCGCGCGGCACCAACCUCCCCGGCGAGCACGACGCCUACGACUUUGGCAGCGCGGCGUCCUUCUACAUCGACGCCACCAAGGACCCCUGGGCCGCCAACUACCGCAUGGAGUCGUACCUCACCACCGAGCUGCCGGAGCUCCUCUUCGCCAACUUCAAGGAGCUCGACGCCCAGCGCGUCUCCAUCUCGGGCCACUCCAUGGGCGGCCACGGCGCCCUCACCCUCUUCCUCAAGAACCCCGGCAAGUAUAAGAGCGUGAGCGCCUUUGCGCCCAUCUGCAACCCCAGCCAGUGCCCGUGGGGGCACAAGGCCUUCACCGGGUACCUGGGCGACGACAAGGCCGAGUGGGCAAAGCACGAUGCCACCGAGCUGGUGAAGAGCUGGAAGGGGCAUCUAAACUGCCUGAUUGACGUGGGCACCGGGGAUAAUUUCUACAACAGCGGCCAGCUGUUGCCGGAGAACUUUGUCGAGGCCGUCAAGGGCGCGGGCGUGGAUGGCGUCAAUGUGCGCUAUCACAAUGUAAGUGGUGCUACUACCUGCCCUCUGGCGUAUUGA